UUAGUUGCCUCAACAAAGUUCCAUUUGGAAGCUCAGGAACUCAUGUCACAGGAUGGAAAUAAUAUGACAAAAAAAUUGAAGCGUGAUAUAACUGCCAGGCCCUUGAAUGUUAUGCCAUCAGCUGGCAGCAUGAGUGAUAGUUUCCAACAAUCUGAACUUGAAUCAACUUCAACAUCCAAUUUCAAGAGACAAAAAGUUGAGGUCAACCAUGCUCUACUGGAAAAGAUCAACGAGAUAAAUCAAAAAUUGAUUGGUAUGGUGAUAACUGCAAGUGAAGAUGCUGAUAUGGUUGCUGCUGCAGCUGGGGGAGAAGGGACAGUUAUCAAAUGUUGUUUUAAUGCUGUGUUUCUUUGUCCGAACUUGAAAUCACAGUUCGCUUCAGAUCAGAUGUCUCCAAUUGUGCCUCUGAGGAUUCUCAUUCCUACCAAUUAUCCAAAAUCAUCCCCCAUACUUCUAGACAUGUUACCAAGUGAACUGAGCAAGGAGUUCGGAGAUCUUUCUGUCAAGGCAUGGUCAAGGUUCAGAAUGUCCCUCCGUGACCUUCGACAGCCCCUUUUGCGUAGAGAAAUCAUAAAGACAUGGGAUGCCUGUGCACACAAAGUUAUUGAUGAGUACGCUCAGCAAACCGGAGGCGGUAGCUUCAGCUCUAGGUUUGGUGCUUGGGAGAAUUGUGUCAGUUCGUGA